AUGGAGGAGCCUGCAGACUCCGGCGGCGGUGCGGCAGCAGAGGGCCCCGUGGUGCAGGUGACGGAGAUCCGCUGCCCCGCAGGAGCUCGUCCCCUGCGGCUGCUCGAGUGGAAGGUGAAACCCGGAGCUCUGGUCAACGUUGACUCCGUGAUCGCGGUAUGUGCGCCGAUCCCCGCCGAAAGCGAGUCCAGAGCGCCCGAAAAGAAGCUCAAGUCGGACCGCGCUGGAGUUGUGCAGGAACUGUGCUGUCAGCUCGGGCAGGUCAUCGCGCCUGGAACUGUGAUAGCCAAGGUGGAAGAAUGCUGUCAUCCCAUUGUAAUGAAGGGCUUGUGUGCAGAAUGCGGCCAGGAUUUAACUCAAAUGCAGAGCAAGAACGGAAAGCAGCAGGCGCCCAUCUCUACAGCGACUGUUUCCAUGGUGCACAGUGUCCCCGAGCUGAUGGUCAGCUCAGAGCAAGCGGAGCAGAUUGGCCGAGAGGACCAGCAAAGACUUCACAGGAACAGGAAGUUAGUGCUGAUGGUGGAUCUGGACCAAACGCUGAUCCACACCACUGAACAGCACUGCCAGCGAAUGUCUAACAAGGGAAUCUUUCAUUUCCAGCUAGGACGAGGGGAACCUAUGCUUCACACACGACUUAGACCUCACUGCAAAGACUUUCUUGAAAAGAUCGCCAAACUCUUUGAGCUGCACGUCUUCACCUUCGGCAGCCGUUUGUACGCUCACACUAUUGCAGGUUUUUUAGACCCAGAAAAGAAGCUCUUCUCUCAUCGGAUUUUGUCUAGAGACGAAUGCAUAGAUCCCUUCUCUAAGACAGGAAACCUCAGAAAUUUGUUCCCCUGCGGAGACUCCAUGGUGUGCAUCAUAGACGAUAGAGAAGAUGUAUGGAAGUUUGCCCCCAACCUCAUCACGGUGAAAAAGUACAUCUACUUCCAGGGCACUGGUGACAUCAACGCCCCGCCAGGCUCACGAGAGGCUCAGAUGGCCAAAAAAGGUAAUCAGGGCGGACGGACUGUGGAAGGCACAGAGUCAGGACAAGAGGAACAGAGAAAUGGCCUUAGAAAAUCCAGCAAGGAUCAUAAAACUGGGCAUGAGGAAUCGUCCACUUCUUCCACUGCCACUCAGGGAGCUUCAGCCAAUGAAAGGACUCACCCCACUGGGGAACAGCCUAAUGAGAGCGCAGAUUCAGGGGACAAAUGUACUGUGAAAACAGAGGCAGAGGGCAGCUCAGGUGUGUCAUGUAUCUCAGGUGAAAGUGAAAUCCCAAAUGCUGCUCCUGAUGCUGCUGCUGCCAACGACCUGGAUUUUGACCUUUCUAGCGACAGCGAAAGCGAGGGUAAAAUGGAAUUAUCUGACAGCGAUGGUGAGGGAAAGACAGCAGACACUGGGAAACCCAAACAAAGAAAAAAUGAGGAGUGUAAAAGCAAAGAGGAUGAUGGAGACAAACAGAGGACAGAGGGGGGUGAUGGUCCAGUAACAGAUCCUGAGGGUCUCCGUGAUUUGGGCAACGGCUGUUCCGACAAAAAGGAAAUGGAAACUGAGUCUCAAAACAGCGAACAGUCAGGUGUGACUAUGGGGGAAGAGUCUUUAGAUCACAGUAUGGAGGAUGAGGAUGAUGAGGAAGAGGAAGACGUAGACCAGGACGACCACCUCAUUUACUUGGAGGAGAUUUUAGUUCGCAUUCACAAUGAGUAUUACUCACGCUACGAGGCCUUCCUUAAGAAAGAGAGUUCAGAAAGUCCGGAUAUACGCAAAAUUGUUCCAGAACUAAAGGGCCGUACACUAGCGGGAACCACAGUCAUUUUCAGUGGCCUGUAUCCCACCAACUACCCAAUGGAGCGCACCAGAGAGUGGUAUCAUGGCAAGGCACUGGGUGCCAAACUUUGCAAGACCUUGGUGCUCAAUGCCAAAGACCCCAACCGGACCACCCACCUCAUUGCUGCUCGUGCAGGUACAGAGAAAGUUCGUCAAGCUCUGGGUUGUAAACAUCUCCAUGUGGUAAAUCCUGAUUGGUUGUGGGCUUGUUUGGAGCGCUGGGAGCGAGUAGAGGAGCAACUCUUUCCUCUCAAAGAGGACUAUAACAAAUCACACAGGAGCAACAGUCCCGGUGCAUUUCUAGACAUCCAUGGGUCUGCCCCGAGGCCUCCCUUCCAGGCCCCUCAGGUUCAGCCUAAGCCGCUGCCAGCACCCGAAAUGCGGACCUAUGAUCCUGUCACUGGCAAACUGAUCCGCCGCGGCCCCCAGGCCUCCCGCCCACCUUCAUACCUUCACUCACAUCCUUCAUCAUCCAUGUCGGCCAAGGGUGAUCUCUCAAACCUCAGGUCAGCUCAGGGGUCUCAGCAGACAGAUGAGCCUGCAGGAUCGAGUCCAGACGAUGAGCAGCCCGGACCUUCGCGCAGAAAACGACAGCCCAGCAUGUCGGAAACCAUGCCGCUCUACACACUCUGUAAAGAAGACCUGGACAGCAUGGACAAAGAGGUGGAUGACAUCCUUGGGGAAGAGAGUGACAAUGAAAGCGAGGGGAAGGGGAAAGCGGGGAGGAUAGAGGAGGAAGAGGAGGAAGUUCGGCCCCACACGAGUAAACAGAAGCCUCCAGCAACCGAUCACAUCCCACCAUUGGCAGCUGUUGUAGAGGAAACAUCCCAAACGUCCACCAGCGAAGUCUGCGUAACGGAGAAUGUGCUCAGGGGCCAUAAAAGAAAACUGGAGGAGGCCAGAGAGGAUGAAGAUAAGGAUGAAGAGGAUGGCGACUCCAGUAAAGACUCCAAUGAAGACGAUGAGGGCAGCAGUUCGGAGGCCGAUGAAAUGGCUGCUGCGCUGGAGGCGGAGCUAAAUGACUUCAUGUGAGCUGAUUGGGCGACGAUGCAAAUG